GCCAAACAAGCAAAAGUUUUCCUCUGACUCGGGAAAAGAUCAGUCGACAUGGAUAAAAACGAGCUGUUUGUGUGACCAAACCGGCCAGACUGACGAAAACCCCCUUCACACGGUGAAAGAAUGAUAACAUAGGCAGUACUUUGUUUGCUUUUGUAUGAGAGGACACGAAAACCUAAACUGUGGGAAAGUUUGAGGCUGGGACUGGCUAUGGCGCGGGAGAGCGGAGACGCCGGGACGGCCAAAGCCUCAAAAGCCAAGAGGCAGAGAAAGAAGAAGACCAAGGAGAACAAAACCAGGACUGUCCACGCAAACAUACUGUACGACCACGCCAAAGGGGAGGAAAACCCAAACCGACACUAUGCAAACAACAAGAUUAAGACGACCAAGUACACUGUGCUGUCUUUCCUGCCAAAGAAUCUUUUCGAACAGUUCCAUAGGUUUGCCAAUGUUUACUUUGUUUUCAUCGCUUUGCUGAAUUUUGUCCCAGUUGUCAACGCUUUCCAGCCGGAACUCGCUCUGGCUCCUGUAGUUUUCAUUUUGUCUGUCACUGCCAUCAAAGACUUGUGGGAGGACUACAGAAGACACAGGUCGGAUAAAGAAAUCAAUCACAUGGACUGUCUGGUCUUCAGCAGAGCACAGAGACGCUAUGUGGAGAAGUACUGGAAGGAGGUGCGCGUGGGAGACUUCAUCAGGCUGCGAUGCAACGAGAUCCUCCCGGCCGACGUCCUGCUGCUGAGCUCCAGUGACCCGGACCGCUUGUGCCACAUCGAGACCGCCACGCUGGACGGAGAGACCAACCUGAAGCAGAGGCAGGUCGUCCGCAGCUUCUUUGACCUGGACUGUGAUUUCGACCCCUUAAAGUACAACAGCGUGAUUGAAUGUGAAAAGCCCAACAAUGACCUGAACAGGUUCCGAGGCUACAUAAUCCAUCGAAGUGGCAGGAAAGAUGCACUUUACAAAGAAAACCUGCUGCUGCGAGGCUGCACCAUCCGCAACACAGAGGAGGCUGUGGGAAUAGUCAUUUACGCAGGUCACGAGACCAAAGCCAUGCUGAACAACAACGGCCCGCGCUACAAGCGCAGUAAACUGGAGAGACAGAUGAAUGUAGAUGUGUUCUGGUGUGUCAUCAUCCUGCUGGUCAUGUGCCUGUUUGCUGCUGUGGGUCACGGGCUGUGGAUGUUUCAGUACGGAGAUAAGAGACCUGUGUUUGACGUUCUUAGUCCGGAGGGGACAGACUUAUCACCCAUCAUGUCCGCCAUUUACCUCUUCCUCACUAUGAUCAUCGUCUUUCAGGUGCUGAUACCCAUUUCCCUUUUUGUGUCGAUUGAGAUUGUCAAGAUCUGCCAAGUGUACUUCAUCCAUCAGGACAUGGAUCUGUACGAUGAGGAGACAGACUCUCACCUGCAGUGCAGAGCUCUUAAUAUCACUGAGGAUCUCGGCCAGAUGCAAUACAUCUUCUCUGACAAGACAGGCACGCUGACAGAGAACAAGAUGGUGUUUCGCCGCUGCACUGUGGCAGGGGUGGAGUACUCCCAUGAUGCAAAUGCUAGAAGACUUGCUAUGUACCAGGAGAUGGAUUCUGAAGAAGAAGAGUGCACCUCUCACGGUGGCACCCUGCCCCGGCGGGACAGUGUGACCAGCCACCACAGCGCCCCGGUGGUGCUGCGCUCCCAGAGCACCAAGUCCCACCGCCGGACGGGCAGCAGGGCGGAGGCCAAGCGAGCCAGCAUCCUGUCCAAGCACACGGCCUUCAGCAGCCCCAUGGAGAAGGAUAUCACCCCCGACCCUCAGCUCCUGGACAAAGUCAAUGAAUGCAGCAGUCAGAUGGACUUCAUGCGCUUUCACAGUCAGCCCAUAUCCCAGCUGCCCUCCGACCUCUCAGACAUCAUUGAUUUCUUCAUCGCUCUCACCAUCUGCAACACGGUGGUGGUAUCCUCCCCCAACCAGCCCAGGCAGAAGGUCCGGAUGAGGUUUGAGCUGAAGUCUCCAGUGAAGACCAUCGAGGACUUCAUUAAACGUUUCACCCCGAGCCGACUGACCUCAGGCUCCAACAGCAGCAGCUCCUCCAGCCUUAUCACAAACCGCUCCUCCAACAAGGGAUGCUCCAGCAUGCUGUCCUCCCCCUCUGCAGAGAGCACGCUCACCAAGCUGGAUGAGGAGCAGCCUCCCGGAGGCCUGGACCACGCCUUCAGCCCCGUCCCACCCUGCUAUGAUGGGAAGCCGUGGAACCUGGAGGAGGGCGAGCUGCGCUACGAGGCAGAGUCGCCUGAUGAGGCUGCGCUUGUCUACGCUGCCAGGGCCUACAAAUGCUCCCUCGUUGGACGCCUCCCGGACCAGGUGACUGUGGAACUGCCACACCUGGGGAAGCUGAGCUUUGAGCUGCUGCACACGCUGGGCUUCGACUCCACCAGGAAACGCAUGUCUGUGGUGGUCAGGCAUCCUCUGACGGAUCAGAUCACUGUGUACACUAAAGGAGCUGACUCUGUCAUCAUGGACCUCAUCAAACCUCCCAACACAGGUAACUCCAAAGGGAAACGCCAGAAAAAGAUUGUCUGCAGGACCCAGAACUAUCUGAACCAGUAUGCUGCAGAUGGCCUUCGCACACUGUGCAUUGCAAAAAAGAUCCUGAGCAAGGACGAGUAUGCCUGCUGGCUGCAGCAUCACCUGGAGGCUGAGACGGCCAUUCAGGGAAGAGAGGAGCUGCUCUUUGAGUCGGCCCUGCGACUGGAGACAAACCUCCAGCUUUUAGGAGCGACAGGCAUUGAGGACCGUCUGCAGGAUGGUGUGCCUGAAACCAUAGCUUCUCUGCGGAAGGCCGGCCUGCAGAUAUGGGUGCUGACGGGGGACAAACAAGAAACGGCUGUAAAUAUAGCAUAUGCCUGCAAGCUGCUGGACCCCGAGGAGGAGAUCCUGACGCUAAAUGCUGAUUCUCAGGAGGCAUGUGCGUUGUUGCUGGAGGAGAGUUUACACUACAUCCAGGCCAAAUUCCUCUGCAGCUCUACAGAUCAAGCCGCCAAGGCCCUCCACGCUAACUUUGCACCCUUUGAGAUCUAUCCCUCUUCAUCUCCGUCCUCCUCCUCCCACACUGUUCCCUUCAUGGUGCACCGGCUGGGCCUGGUAAUUGAUGGGCGGACCUUGGCCUAUGCCCUGGAUAAGAAUUUGGAGGAUAAGUUUCUGGCUGUAGCACGGAGCUGCCGCUCAGUGCUCUGCUGCCGCUCCACGCCACUCCAGAAGAGCAUGGUGGUCAAACUGGUGCGGAACAAGCUGAAGGUCAUGACUCUGGCCAUAGGUGAUGGGGCCAAUGAUGUCAGCAUGAUCCAGGUAGCAGACGUGGGUGUUGGGAUCUCGGGACAGGAGGGCAUGCAGGCAGUGAUGGCGAGUGAUUUUGCCCUCCCACGUUUCCGGUAUCUCCAGAAGCUUCUGCUGGUCCAUGGACACUGGUGCUACUCCCGCCUGGCUAACAUGAUUCUCUAUUUCUUCUACAAAAAUGCUAUGUUUGUAGCGCUCAUCUUCUGGUAUCAGUUCUACUGUGGAUUCUCAGGUUCAGCCAUGAUUGACCAGUGGUAUCUUAUCUUCUUCAACCUGAUGUUCUCCGCCUUCCCACAACUCAUCACUGGCACCCUGGACAAAGACGUGUCAGCAGAGACUCUCCAACAACUACCUCAGCUUUACGUGAACGGACAGAACUCCGAGGAAUAUAAGCCAUAUAUGUUCUGGAUGAACAUGAUCGAUGCCUUCUACCAAAGUCUGGUGUGCUUCUUCGUUCCUUACUUUGCCUACGCUGACUCUGAUGUGGAUCUGUUUACAUGGGGAACUCCCAUCACCACCCUGGCUUUAUUCACCAUCCUGCUGCACUUGGGUAUUGAGACCAAAACCUGGACGUGGAUGAACUGGCUCUCUAUCUCCUUCAGUAUAGCCUUGUUCUUCACCGUGGCUCUGUGCUACAACGCCUCCUGUCCCACCUGCUACUCCCCCUCUAACCCGUACUGGACCAUGCAGAGGCUGCUGCAGGACCCUGUCUUCUACCUGCUCUGUGUCAUCACACCUGUGGCGGCGCUGCUUCCGAGAUAUUUCUACAGGGCGUGUCUAGGCACGCUGUUUCCCAGCCCGGUCCAAGUUGGAAGGCAGUUGGAUAAACUCCCCGCUGAAACCCGCAGGAACAUCCUCAGCCUGAGCAGGGUCAAGGUGGGGUCACCGCUCAGCCCCAAGCCUCCCUUCCUGUCCCUUACCAAGCCCUCCCCUAAAGGUUGUAAUAAAAAAGACCAGAGGAGCUUCUCCAGCUCUAAGACAUCACAGGCCAAAAAGGGGCCCGUCGUACAAACAGAUGAAGAGAAGGGCCGGAGAAGCCCGCUGGGGCCCACAGACAGCGAGAAGGGCCUCUCAGAUCUCUACACAUUAGUUCCUACAGAUGUAGACACUCUUCCUUACACCAAAGAUACUCCUCCUCCUCCUCCUCCUCUCUCAGGGGAACCACGUCCUCCCUCCACCAAAGACUCUGAGCGUCUUGAUAAGACUUUGGAGCCGUCAGAUCAGAGUCUGUCCAGCUGGAUCACCUCCACGCCUCUGCUCUCACAGACAGACAGAGUCCAGCUGACUCUGCCCCCUGAUGGAGACUCGCAGUGUGUCAAAUACACAAGGACCUCAGAGGAAGGACCCAAGUCUGACCACACCGUUCAUCCAGCACACAGGACAGAGCAGGUGGCACAACAGUCGCUUCACACCACCUUGUGAUGCCUGACGGUCUUAAGUAUGUUAACUUUGCACGAUAGUUUUUUUUUAAAUCUAAUUUUAUUGUAUUUUUCAAGGAGAUUCUUUUAUAAAAGAUCAAAAUAGGUACUUUAUAUUUUGGAUGUUUAAAGCUAAAGAUAUUUCUGAGAUUUGGGAGAUGGAAGAACUGGAAUAUCUCCCUUUUUUUUUUUUUUAAUUCCCAGGAAAAUUCUAUAUCACAAAGAUGCAUCUCAGUACUUGAUCAGGUUUUAAUGUAAAGAAGUAGACACAUUCCACUGAUGGGUUCACUGGGAGUUGGUUUUCUCUCUGAGAGGGUUCCCUGUUAAGUGCUUUAAGACCCGAAUCAGAUGCCACUGUGGCCUUAAAUCAGUGUAGCAGAGACGUUUUGUAGGUUUUUAAGGCUCAGAAACACAUUUAUUUUUUGUGUGGAUUUCUGUGCAGAUAAUCCCAGAGUUUUAUUUUUACAUACAUCAGUAAAUAGUGGCAUUGGUUCAGUGCACAUUCGUCUUGUUGCUGGAUUUUAUUGCUAAACAUUAAAUGCUGAAAAGUGAGUUUAUAACAGUUGCGUGUUCAGUACAUUCCAGUGAGAAAUUAUGAGAGCUGUAGUUUUUAAAUAUAAUCACGUUACCAGCAUAUAGCACGAAAUUUUCAUUUCAGUCUUUAUACAGCAAAACUACCAGAAAUUAUGCUUUAUUUGAGUGUGUGUGUGUGUGUGUGUGUGUGUGUGUGUGUGUCCGUUGACUCGUUGGAUCUGUUUUAACAGUGUCAGCCAGUUUCACUGUAAAAGAGUAGUUUAACAUUUGGGGAAAUAGGUUUGUCUCCUUUCUGAUUUUGAUGAGAAGUUCGACACCGUAGCAGGCUAGCUGUUUCCCCCGCCUCCAGUCAUCAUGCUAAGCUAAGUUAACCGUCACCUGCCUUUAGCUUAGCUUAGCAGGCUAGCUGUUUCCCCCGCCUCCAGUCAUCAUGCUAAGCUAAGCUAAGCUAACCGUUGCCUGCCUUUAGCUUCAUAUUUCCAGAGGGAAACUGUAAGCCCCGAUAGCAGCUAGCUCUGUUCAAAGUUAACACAAUCUGGCUACCAGCACCUCUUAAGCUCACUAAUUAAGAUUUUAGAUCUUAUUUGUUUAAACCAUACAAUAACUGGAGUCUUGUUGUCAUUGUGUGUCAUUGUUGCCAGGCAGCUGGUAAAAACUCCACAAAGUCACCGCACCUGGUCAAGAUGUAGUCUGACCUGUAACACCUGUAAAACCACAGCAUGUUGUUUUUAUACUUCAGUUUUUAUACCGAUAAAACAGGUAACUGUUUCCCUGUUUCCAGUCUGUAUGCUAAGCUAAACAAACUGUAUACAAGCUGUUUUCAUAGAGUAAAGAUAUGAGAGUGGUAUCAAACUUCUCAUUUAAUUCUCACUAAAAAAGCAAAUAAGCACAUUUCCCAAAAUGCCAAACUGUUCCUUUAAGCACUGUACAGUGGGUUGACAACAAACUACAAUCACAUUUCAUAAACCAGUUUACUUGAAGGUCCUUUUUUUCAUUUCAUGCCUUGUUUGUCUUAACCCAGUGUCAUCUUUUUUCUUUUUUUUGCUGCUGGUGUUCAGCUGUAAACCAAAAGUCUCGUUGGUGAGAGAAAGUCUUUCCCAAAUAUAAGAGACACGGCUUUAAGAUUUAAAUUUGCACUUUGAAAGCAUCAUUUCAGAACUACCAGUGAGUAUUGUUGGUGCUGUUGACAUGUUCAGUGCUCAGACACAGUAUGAAGAAGAUUCAUUCAUUCAUUUUACUCUUUUGCAAACAUUGUGAUGUUUUUGUCAUCAUUAACAAGCGAGUAAAAGUAUGAAAAAUCAGAAAUACCCAAAGUUUGUUUCAUUGUUCACUUAAAGCAGCAGCACCUUUAAUAGUUUAUGAUUGUUGUAUCUCAUUGCAGUACAUUUUUAUAAAGCGUAUCAUUUACCAAAGAUCGUUUAUAUUUCAGUAUUUCCUAAGCAAUAGUUUGUGCAUUAACACUGGAUAAGAAAUUACGAAUCGAAGACUUUGCUUAUGAUGCUGAAGUUGUAUUUGUUCAAAGAUGACGGUGCAUCUUUGUUCAGUGAGGAGCUUUUAGUGUUGGUGUAGAUGUUUAUGAGGCUACAUGCUAUGUGUUUUCUUUCCUCCUGUUUGUUGUUUUGCACACAGUGCUUUCUCCUGGCAUGUUGUUCAGAUUCUGACUCCGCAGUCUGUCUGCUCUGCUUUAUAGGUUCUGUCUGUUCUGUGCUUUUGGCGUCGCACUUACAGCACAUUUGUACCAGAGAGAAGCUCAAGCAUGUUCACUGCUGCACACCCACUUUCACAAAGUCCUCACAGGAACUUCCACUCGCGCUGCACACGACCACAAAUAUGUCUGAACUUUUCUGUUUGUUUUUCAUUUGUAUUUUAGCGACAGAUUUGGCCCAUGUUUCGCAUUCGAGGGGGAAAUUAUCUGCUGUGGAUCCUUGAGUUCAUCAUUCAAGGUAUUAAUCUAAGUAUUUAUUAGACUCAAAACCAUUAAAGUUCUGGUUCGGUCGAGCUUCUCUACAUUAACAGGUUGUAGCAAACUGGAAAACCUGCCCAGUUCCCGCCCACAGCAGCAACCUACACAUCAUCACCUCACACACAUCAACAAUUUGGAAAACUAUAGUUUAAGUUUUGUUCAGUUUUCAUAAGUUCAGUCAUAAGUUUUUAUUAUACUUCUUUGCCCUUUGAGUAAUUGGAAAUGACUUGUAUCAUGGCUACUUGUGAACAAAAU